AUGCCUUGCUUCUCACUUUCACUGCUUCCAUCACCAUCAAGAUCCGGUGAACAACUGGAUCAAUUCAAUGUCCUCCGAUGCAAGAUGAACAAUGACAAGUUAAAUUACUCUACCAGCCUUCGUAGACAUGUCACCGCACGCCCUCACACUCUUUUUCCUUCUUUCUCUUCUCUCCUUCUGUUCAUCUCUUGUUACGUUCUUCGGACGUUGCAGACAAAGGACAUCUAGCACCUAACAUACCCGAUACAGCUAUGUCUACAACUCUGACCUGCAUUACCCGAAGUGUUCUCCUUCUGGCUGUGACCUCUGUAUUUGCCCAAACCGAUCCCGACACCAGUGGUCCUAGUGUCAUGGCUGAAUCGACGUUCAUUACAAUGACAGUCACUGUGCAGCCUAUUAGUACAAUUUCAGACCUGUCCACUGCAAGUCAUCCAAUCCGAACAGUGCCAGCACAGUCAACAGCAGGACUGCAUCUGUUGCCCUCGCCCAUACCGAUCUUGGCCUCUCCCGAAUCCGAUAGUAGCCCUAGUGUUGUGGCAACAUCCUCGUUCAUUACAAGUGAACCGACCAUAACAGACCCGCCGACUUUCAAUGUGCCAUUAGAGUCGACAGCAGGACUACAACUGUUUCCCUCGCCAAUAUCGUUCUUAACCUCCCCCGAAUCCGAUAGUAGUUCUGGUGUCCUAGCCAAACCCACAGGUAACUCGAUCAUAAUAAUCCCUGCGCAUUAUACUCCAAAUGUGUCAGGACAGUCAUCGGCCGCCCUGCAUCUGUUGCCCUCCCUAGUACCAUCCUCGUCUUUCCCGCCAUCCCUGCCACAAUCCCUGCCACAAUCCCUGCCACAAUCCUUACCACAAUCCUUACCACAAUUUCUGCCACAAUCUCUGCCACAAUCCUUGCCGCAAUCCCUGCCGCAAUCCCCGAAUUUGUCUUCUUUUUCUUCCCCAACCUUAAGUAUUCCGCCUAAUAACCGAACCACAUCUACCACCAUCAAUCCCUUGUCCUCGCCGUCGACUACUGCUCAAUCGCAAAUUCAAUCGACAGGCAUCGCAACCCGCACCAUCGGGUUCGUUGUCCUUGGAAUUGCAUUAUCCGUAUUUUUGCUCAUCCUAUUUGGUGUCUGGUUAUGGAGACGCAAGCCUGAGACGCGGCAAGCUGAAGCAAGAUCUAAUACUGAUUUAUUGGGCGAUAAUAAACGACCGGACCUUGAACGCAAUGAGGUUUCGACGGUCACCCCAUUCCCUGUCUCCUUCCCUACCUCCAAGCCAAACUUGGAUCCUACCUCACAGGGACAUGAUUUCGACAGACUUGACAACAAUGACCCCGGGCUCGUGAGACGAGCGUAUACUGACUCGACCGAACGCACUCCUUCAGGACUUCAAAAUCCAGCUACAUCUAUUGUCGGAAGCACGUCUGAGGCUACUGCAGAAGCUACAAUUGUGUCUAGUCCACUGGCAGCACCUUCCAAUUAGCCUUCCAGUAGUGAUACCGAGCCCCCUCGAGUUCAAGUCGCAUGUUCCAGCAACAAACAAACGACCAAUGCUAUUACACGCUUUGUUGCCCGACCAGAUACUGUGGAUAGCUUCUGAGCAGAGGUGCUAUCGGGUGCUAUCGCCAGUUCAAUUUGACGCUCUUCGUGAAGAAGCGACUUGAAAACACAGCAGACGGGUUAACUGAAGGUCGGAGGGAUGAAGUUUGGAAUGUCGAUGAGAGUGAUAGCGUGAUGCCUCCACCAGCGCGUGAGGAUAUUGCACGUUGGACGUUCCCAGAAAUUAAUCAGGAAAAUUUUGGUAAAGUGCCUUGUGCAUGAUAUCGACGCCACAUCUUCAAAUAUUCGACCGCCAGUCCGCGCUGUCCCACACUCUGUUUCUCGGCCAGGAAUAUUCUUGUUUGUUCAGCCUAAGGUUGAGUGCUGGUACGAAGUCAACGCGGGGACGUGAAGCUGACGCUGGCAUUAGAUUGGCCGGUGGACAGAAUGAUGAUGUCUGGCACGAAACGCUUCCCGCGUAUGGCGAACCGUCUCUUUCUGUCAACUCACGUCCUACGUAUGUUGGUGCCUAAGAAUGCGUCGAGGACCACGCUUUUGGGGUCUAGAUGCUGUGGGUCUGCUCCUGUCAUAUUUAUUAUUACCUUGCGGCAACUUUGCUGAUUGAUCAUCUAAGUGCCAGCCCUGCC